AGUAAGUUCAAUACAGCCCUGAAAUUUCCGUUCAUCUCAAAACCAAAAAAUGUCAAGAUAAUUCAAGCCAAAAAUUUAAAGAUGUCUUCACUUAUUUUCGUCUAUUUGGCCAUUUCGCUGGGCUCGGCGUUGGCAGUCGAUUUCAAUCCCUUUCUCGAUUUGGAAUGUGUGGAUUGCAAGGAGGACUGUGGUGUACGCUCGACCGGAAGCAGCUGCCUCUCCCUUGAUCGCCAAGGAGCUCUCAGGACUUUUUCUCCGGCAAACAUGACGCGCGUGACCUUGGACCAUUAUCAUCAUCUGCAAAAGUGCAUACCCAAGGACGAGGUCAUAAGAGAGGAUAAACCCGAUUUCUGCUGUGCCUGGUCGCCGCAGCUGGGCUGCCAAUUGAUCAAGCGGAUCAGUGGCACACAGAGAACCUGUGAUUCCUGCAAGGCCCUGACCCAGGACUCGCCCGAGAUCGAGCUUUGUCCCUGCAAGGCAGCCCAUCUAAAGCUGUGCAGUGCUCUCCUCCUCAUCAUCCUCAUGAUGGGUAUUAUCUACCCCUACAUUUAGGCAUCCACACCUGAGUGUUAAACAAAGUAGUCCACACACAUUUCUCGCUCGAAUUGGUGUCAAUAAAUCAGUCAAAAGUCAUGGAGAUUUCCUUUAUUUUCAUCGUAUCUGCUUUACUGAUGGGCACAUCGUCCUACAAUCCGUACGAUAAUAUGAUAUGUCUGGACUGCGGGGACCUGUGUCCGGUUCGCAGACGGGGAACCAGUUGCCGCACUGCUCCGAAAAACAUUGCCGCAUGGAAAAGCAGGGAAAGAGGUCUAGCACGCAUAAAUACCACGCAUCUGGUGUGCGUGCCAGACGAUCUCAGGCUCGUGGAAGUGGAUCCCGCCUUCUGUUGCAUUUGGGCCCCGGAAUUCGGCUGCCGUCUGGUGCGAUCCAUCUUGGACGAUCACAUCCAGUGUAGAAGGUGCUACAAUCCGAAAAGGAAACGACGGGGAUAUACCCUAUGUCCCUGUACAGGAUAUCAAGGAAGAGCAUGCAAUGGACUAUUGGCUUUUGUCAUUAUCAUUCCACAGAUAGCUCGAUUUGUAAGCUAAAUAAAAGGGAAAGAGUGCCCCUGCCUUUGCCCAUUUGUAGGUCUCAUUUCUAUCAAAAUAAUGGUACAGAUUGAGGGAGGUUUUUGC